AUGUCCACAAAUACAGACUCUCCGUCUCAAAAUAGCCGUAAGCGUAAACUUUCAGGAUCUUCCCGUGACCCAGGUAUGAAAUUUUUUUGAUAUUUAUUGAAUAAUAAUAUUUAUUGAUUUGUAUUGCGCAAAUAUCAAUCCAGGGAAAGAAAUUUUCAUCUGCGCAUAACAUUGACUCAACAAAAUCCUAAAAUCCUAGUACAUAUUCCAAAAACAAAAUUUACAGAUCCUUCCUAAAAAUUAGUAAAAAUAACAAUUUAAAAACAAAAAUUAAUCUUUAAAAUCCUAUAUACAAAUCCUUCUUAAUAAAGAGAAUAAAAACAAUAAAUUAGCUGGGAAAAGCCUUCUGAAAUAAGUGAGUUUUAAGAGCCUUCUUGAAAGCAUUAACUGAAGAUAUAUUUUUUAAUAAAAUAAUAAAUGAUAAUACGUUCCUCAGUGGUGUCAUUUUUACUUCCAGACAUCGUUAUCAAGCACAGUUAUCAGGACCUGAGUAAUGAACAGGAAGAAACAGUCCAUGACAUUCUAUCACAUCACAUACAAGUGUUCAUCGAGCAUCGCAAGGUUGCAACUGCGGAUGGAGUGUCUGCUCUGAUUGAACAUAUACGCAAAGCGUACAACUUGGCCUUGGAAUCCGUGGGUGUAGGUUCUCUAAAAUUAAAAUUUCGGUGCCCCACCCUGGAGGGCCUUGAGCAUUUGUGGAGUGACUAUCAGUCAGGUUACCUUAAUGAGAUUGCUGAGAAAUAUCUUGUGACCAAUGACAUAAAGGAGAAGCUGAACUUGGAGACUGUCAGGUUAAAGACAACAAUUGAAGAUGAAAACUACCGGAAUUGCAGGAAGAUCCUAAUGGAAAAGUCAUGUAAGUUUGAGAGUUCUCUUACAGUUUAUGUUACAGAUUUAUCUACAACAAAUUGAUUAGUACCAUUUACUUAACAGUGGGUCAAAAUUGACGGGGGCACAUUCUUCACUGAACGUCCUGUUUAAGAUCCAUCCAGGACAGGAUUGUUCAAAGUUGGGCUAGGAUAACCCAGGCUUAGUGCGAAAUUUGAACUCGGAUGUAAAAGCUUAAAAAACAGUUCAUUCUUAUUCUUUUCGUCUACAAUUUGAUGAUUGGAUACGCUAAAAUGAAUAGCAAAAAUUAUCCGACGAAAUGCUUUUGAACGAAAGAAAACGAAACUCGGAUUAAAAUUUAACCCCGGGUUAGCCGCCGCUAAUCAGCCUUCAAACAACUUGGCCAGGGUGAAAAGAGACAGGGUUUGGUGGCCGUUGUGGAGUGUUUUAUAAUUGAGGGUAUAGCAUUUGAGUGAGAAUGAGGCUGAUGCUUCCGAGAUUACAUUUGAUUACAAUUCUUAAACAGCUUGUACUUAUUACCUGAAAGAUUGAAAAUGCGUGACGAAAGUAUGGUAGACUAAAGGUAAUCACUGAUUACGGAUCCGCGUUCGUCACUCACGGAAACGAAAUUCAGUCGAAGAGUCCAGUUUCCCGGUCACGAUGCCGCUGAUAAAAACGGUAGGGGCGGCUAAUCGGCAGUCGCCCGCGAUACCUCGAAAAUGUGUGGCUUUGUACCACAGGAACACCAAGAUUAGGAUGCGUUUUGACGAACGGGAUAACUAGCUUUAUCUCAUUGUGUGUUAGCAGUGUUAACAAGCAGCAGUGGAUUUUCACCGUCAACUGAAUCAGAUCAAGUAAGAGUGGAUUCUUUACGGAUCGACACAAGCUCAGAUGUUCUUAAGGUGGGAUCUUUUUUAUUGUUUAAUAGCAACUGAGGUCAAGUAAAUCGGAAAACCCUUGUUUUGAAUACUCUAAGUCUCUUUUCAGUUUUCGAGGAUUGUCGAAUUCUCGAAAUCUUAUGCUAUUUUUUUAGUGCCACCCGUGAUUUGACAUUGAGGUAUAUUGCUUGCAUCUUUCUAAAUUUGAUCAGCGCCAGCUGGUUAUAAAGAGUUAGUCAGAAGAUUAAAGCCGCUCAAAAACCGCGAAAUGUUAUGAAUGAAUAACAAAUUUGUUUAAUCAUCCUAGGGUAAGAAGCAGGUUCUGACCCAUAUGGAGAGAGCUGAGAAAGCAAAAGUAAGUUGAAUUGUAUAUAUAUAUUGUAGUGUGCGCAUGUUGUCCAUUUAAUCAGAGGAAAACAAAUAUGAAAACUGUAAUCGAUGAAAGAUGAAGAAAUUCCAUAUUAUUAACGACUUUGUCAUAAAUCAGAGCACAAGCUUAAUUAUUAGUGGCAACAUUGUCAUUUUACUGUAUACAAUGGCGAGCCCCUGUUACAGUAGGACGACAUGAGGGGACUUCUCACAGGAUUGAUGUGUUAUUAGUGUCUCCAGUAUUUAUGCUGGCUACAUGAGGCUGGGUAAAAGUCGGGAUAUGAGGAUUGGCAACUCUGUAGGUUCGCCCACGAAAAUUUGAAACAGUGGCCAUAUCGUUCAAGGUGACAUUUGAACUAGAAAUUUGUGUCCACGCUCAAUCCGUGUGCUGCGCACUCGAAUUUAUAAACCUCGGCUUUACAGAAAUGUUGAACUUCCCGCGUAAAUUCCAUUAUUAUGCAUUGUACUCACUAUCUGUCUUCUAAUUGGCCUACAGCUAAUUUUGGAAAUCAGCGCAACUUACAGAUUAGUUAGUUAUCUCCAGAUAACUGACUAAUCUGCAGGUUGCGCGUGCAAUGCACGAUUUCUAAUAAGAAUAUCAAUUCAGGUUCCUUGCGACGAUGUAUUAGUCUUUUUUUUCUUUAAAACAAAGUAUAAUAAAACAAUUAUUAGACUGUUAAUGAUAUAUGAAAUAAAUCAUAUAUGAACUGCGGAAAUGAAAUGAAAAUGAACGCAAUUUAUGCAAUUGCGUAAAGAAGCCUGAAAAAAAAAAAUCGGGACUUCAACGAGGUUUGAACCCGUGACCUUGCGAUUACCGGUGCGAUGCUCUACCAACUGAGCUAUGAAGCCACUGACGUUGGGAGCAGGUCAAUUGUGGGUUCAUAUGUUCCCGUGAAAGAAAUGAGUGUUAAUGAUAUAUGAAAUUAAAUCAUAUAUGAACUGCGGAAAUGAAAUGAAAAUGAAGAAAUGAUCGUGGCAGUGAACGAAAUUAUUAGACUGUAGUUAAGUGUUAUCGACCUUGAUUAUUCCGGAUAUCACAAAAACCUCAUCCGGUAAUUGUUUAUUAUUAUACAUUGUACUCAUUAUCUGUCUUCUCAUUGGCUAAGAGCCUACCGCUAAUUUUGGAAAUCAGCGCAACCUGCAGAUUAGCUAGUUAUCUGCUAGCAGAUAACUGGCUAAUCUGUAGGUUGGGCGCGCAGUGCAUGAUUUCCAAUAACAAUAUCAUUUCGGCUCCUUAGCUUGCUACGGUGUGGUUGUCGUUAUUUUCUUCAAAACAAUGUUUAAUAAAACAAUUAUUAGAUUCGGUUUUUGUGAUAUCCUAAAUAAUCAAGGUCUCGGUAAGUGUUAUCAGCCCGGCCUUCGGCUCGACUGAUAACACUUACUUCGACCUUGAUUAUUCCAGAUAUCACAAAAACCUCAUCCAAUAAUUGUUUAUUACUUUACAUUGACCGUUUUUGUCAUUACAAUUUAUUAAGUUUACAAAACAAUAAGAUAAGUCACACUACAAAAGUUUAACUACAAUAUAGCGUACAUGAGUACACAGAAACACAGGCGGGGACACCGCAACAGCGGGGGUCAAUUACUGCGAGCUCAGGACACAGACACAAGGCAUACGAUGGUACGAUGAACGAGAACCAUAAAAAAGAAUACCUAUUUUUCUCGAAUUCAAGUUUGUUUGUUUGUUUGUGACACAAGUUAGGCCUAGAAGAGGCCUGUCAGAUCUGUUAUAACAAAUUAAUGUAAUCAAUAAAAUAAGUACAAGGUGUGUAGACUGAUGGAUAUGUUAUUCACCUUCUGAUUAAAAAAUAGGCGUCAAGAGGUUCGCUACACAAGGCUGCUAUAAGUGGACAAUGCGAGACGGUUAAAAUGCUUCUUGAAGAUGGUGAAGAUGUGGAUCAAAGAGAUCAGGUUUUACUUAAGUUUUUUUUUAUCCGGUUAAGAAACUUAAAAGGGUAAUAUGGACCUGACCUUGCUUAUUGCAAGCCUGUACAUGUUUCAUGUACGAUUAUUUUUCUGAUCCCACCUCGACACCUCGCUCUUGCUUCGCAUGAUAUUGGAGUGAAUCGAGCCGAGUUCUUAAACUUUUUCUUUAGGAAACUCACUUUUAAUUCGUUAGGAAAUUUUAGCGUUUUUGGCCCUGUAGACUGUAAAUUUCAGUUUCAAAGUUGAUUUAUCAGAGCUGCGGUUGACCUCUAAAAGGAUCAAAUACAGUUUAACCUCUUUACAACGGCCACCUUGGGGACAUAUGAAAGUGGCCAUUGUUAAGAGGUGACCGUUGUAAAGAGGUGGCCGUUGGCGGAGGUUCGACUGUUAAAAGGGUGUAAAAUAGCUUUAAGCUUACUCUGUAAAACUAAGUCCAAUAAUUAACAAUUAAUGAAUGAGACUGAGUAUCUUAUGAAGAAUUAUGGAGAUGGAGGAGGGUGUUAUCCGUCGAGGCCGUAGAUCUCCAUAAUUCUUCAUAUGAUACGAAAGCCGAAUUCAAUAAUUGUCUUAUUAUUCAUUCAAAAUAGUUCCUAGUUUAAAAACUAAGCUAAGACAUGCUUACCUCCAUCGAUGUUAAAUUCAUCUUCGAUAGUGCAUGUUUAGAGUUGUUCAGCUCCGCAAAUAUUCUUCACGCAGGAGAUGUCGCCGUUCGAGUUGUAUUCUUGCUGUUGUUGCCAUGUUUUUUGGCUAUAAUUUCGCCCAGUUCUUACUCUUGAAACGAGUGAAAUGUCCGCCAUUUCUUGUUUUCACAACUAAAACAACUCAACCUCGUCCCCAGGUCUUCUCGGUUAACGGUGCAUUAACCUGCAAGAAGGCUGCACUUUUGACGUCAUCGGUUCAUUAAACGCAAAAUGCUUCCAAAUUUGGUCAUCAGUAGCUGGUUAUGGUGAAUUAUGCGUGUGUUUUUAGCCAAUCAGAAUCGGGGAAAUAUUUUGAAUGAAUAAUAAUGACCAAUAAUUUUGGUAGUUCCCAAUUUUAACCUUCUUAACCUGCUCUGUUUAUCUUUUCGUUAGUUUUCUUUGACUCCUCUUCAUCUCGCCUGUUGGUAUGGACAGGAAUCUGUUGUCAAACUGUUGUUAGAACACGGUGCAAACGUCAAUUCUGAAGACAGGGUGAGUUCAGUCGAUGCUUAAACGUUAGUGGCCUUGAAUAAAUAGGCUGGUUUUUUAAUAAAUUGUGUUGUUGUAAGCUAGGAGAGCAAGAUUUGGGAUUUAUUAAUUGAGGUCACACAUAUUAGCUCUGUUUAGCCCAUUACAAUGUGAAAGUGACCUUUUAUAACAACUCAGGUUUGGUUAAAACGCAUUUUGUAACGCUGCGUCACAUCUCACUGAAAUUCUAGUUAUAUCUCUUCUCUUUUCAAAGUUAUUUUAAAAAAGUGAAAGAAGUGAAAAAAAAAAAAAUUAAGCCCAAAGUGUGUUUGGCGAUUAAUUUUCACAAGAGUGAAACAUUUUUAAUGGUAAUCUGGCUUCACAUCGGGAAAACUAUUGAACUGGCCUUAUUUUUAAUAUUAAUUAAGUUGCCUGUGUUAGUUGUUUAAUGACGCUCGUCCUUUUUUCUCUUGCGUGUUUUGAAUAAUACAUUAAUAACCAGAUAACAAGUACAAUUUGCACUGCUUCUUCUAGUUUCAACGUACCCCUCUGCAAAAAGCGGAACGCCACAAUCAUAACUCCAUAGUGCAGUUGCUCAUGAAUAGUAAUGCGAGGCCAAGUUACCAACAACCGGUAAGAUAUUUGUUAUUUGCUGCGGUUCUAAGAAUAGCAGCAAAUUAUUGUUUUCACGGUUUCAACUUAUUGACAGCUGUCACAGACUCAAGUAUGAAAGGGGGGGAUUUUAAUGAGGUGAAUCAUUCUAAGCUGACAUAUCGCUGCUUGAUUAAUUCGUUUUUGAUGCCUUUUCCUUUUUGUGUAUUGUAGUUCGUCGUUCAUGUACUCAUAGUUUGGUAUUCUAGUUCAACUUCUCCCCCUCGUGAGAAAAAAGAAAGUCCGGGGUCCGACUCCCACCGUCGGAAACUUGAUUUUUCUCCUUUUCUUUCUUUCUUUCUUUCUUUCUUUCUUACUUUCAUUUUGUUUUGUUUUUUUAUCGAAAAACAUAUUUUCCAUUUUUACAGACUUAAAAUAUACCGGUAGACUAAUUGCAGGUUCAUUAUCAGCUUUCAUUUCUAAAAUACAGUAAUUAAUAAUCCACAAGUUAGCCUUAGGCACCCUUUGAUUUAUUUGGUUAUGUCAUGAUCAUGCUUUACAAAGUAAAUCGAAAAAUAGCGAGACACAUUCAAGUACCUAGUUUGAUUUUUAAAUUAAAGGUUAAGUUAAACAUUUCAAGAACACGACUUGUUUUGGAUACAUCAGUAUCCAUCGCCAGUUCACAGAAUUGUGACCAUAUAUGAAGUUUGAUGACUAACUUUAUUAUGUAAAAUUUAGUGUCAUACCGAGUGGUAGGAGGCGAUAAAUGCGCUAUCCCGCCAGCGGUGAUAUCAUUUAUAUCCACACAUGUGUGAUAUCACUUUAAACCAAUCAGCUCACGCAGUAUUUUCGCUCGCUGUCAAGCAAUACGAAGUCGAGUUAUUCAGAAUAAUUUCUUUCAGACAUCAAACUCUGAGUUGCUUGAUUCAACAUCUCUUCAUGAGCGGAUCGACGAGCACCUUUCGAAAUUCAUUUUUAACUGGCAUUCGAAGAUGGCUCCGACUAAUAGGAACCCACAAGUUUGAGAAGAUUAUUUUCAAGCAUCCAGAGAUAUCUGAACUAUGGCUUCACAUGUUUUAAUGCCGUUGUGUGUUUAAAACUACAACAAUGGUUACUCUCAAUAAAGCAAAACAAAAGGAACCAAAAGCCAAAGGACUAGGUAACAAGCCUAGGACAUCAGAUAGCCUAAAUGACUAGGAAAUUGAAAAACUGUAUGCUUCCAAAUGCCUUGUAAAGCCCUCAAGCCAUUAUAAACAGUUUGUGGCUAAAUUCGACCUUACAUUUCAGCCUUCGCGGCGGCAAACUGACAGAGAGAGUGACGCUGGGGAGAUGUCAAACCCAAGCAAACGCCCAACGGAAAAGAGUAUUUGUUGCAUCGGGUGGAUUUUAUGUAAUAAAACGAAAAUUACAUGGUCGCUUGGAGUUACGAAAUUUCUCCUUUCGUGCUGAAAAUAUUUCACUCGUUCGCGUAUUUUUCUUCUCUUUUUAUGGCUCAAAGAAUCCCUUCUCAUUAUAUAGGAUUACGAUUUAAUUUUCGUAAAUAUGCAACCUUUUAGGUGAACACUCCUAUUUCAUUUUCUCUGUCUUUUAUCUUUAUUUCGCAUCCACAAAAGGUGUUGUAUUAGCUCACGUAUUUCUACAAGAGUAAUUCUACUUACCCCAUGAAAGGGUUAGUAGAAUAUUACGUACUAUUAUGCAAAGUCUACUGUCUUCUUUUGUUUAUUUGUAGCUAUUUUGAACGGGUCAAGUAGAAUCGCUCUAUAAUAAUACUUGUGAGUAGUUAUUAUUCUCACUUUAUGCAACAUCCUUUGUUAUGGUCACAAUUUUGUAAACAUCAUUAAACUAACAAUGGAUGUUAAUGUAUUCCAAGCAUCGGUCGUGUUCUGUAAAUGUUUCUUUUUUAUUUUACUACUACAGAUAAAUCCUUAUUGUUCUAUUUCUAUCACCUCACUUAGAUUCAGAUUCCAGGUCUGUUAAGUACAAUGACUCGCCUUAACUUCUUUAUUGCAGUUAAGUUUAAAGUCACUUGCAGAAAAGGCAUUCUUGCAUGUGGAUAUUCGAUCUGGAUUUAACAUGCUCACGGCGGCUGUCGUUGAAGGGAAUUACGACUUUUUUUUCAAGGCGCACGGGCGACUCAGUUUUUUCGAAAUACUAACGACAGCUGUAGCUGAUACUCUCGCAAAUCUUGAAACCAAAAGGCCUGGUCAUCACAAAAUCGAACGUUUUAACCGAAAUAUGGUGGAUAAAGUCAAUUCACUGUCAGAGCUGCACCGGUGUAGACACGGUAAUGAUGCGGAGAAGGCAGUAGAGCUUGUAUUAAAUGAUGGCCUGGAUAUAAACACCCCUGCAUUGUGCAAUCGCACACCUUUGUUGUGGGCGAGUCUUUCAUCUUCUGGUGUGUUUAUUGAGACCCUUAUCGACCUUGGUGCUAACGUUAAUGCUCAAAGAACCGAUGACAAAGUUACACCUUUGAUCUUAUCAGCUGAUUGGAACAACUUCAUGGCAGUGAACUUGCUUUUGGAUCAUGGAGCUGAUGCUAAUAUCCCUGCAGCUCAUGGAUAUACUCCACUGCACAAGGAAGUGACGAAGGAUAACCAAAACCUUGUCAAAUUAUUUCUGGAAAAGAACGCGUCAGUAAAUACUCAAAAUGCUAAUGGCAAUUCACCACUGCACACAGCUGUCAGCAACGGAUUUUUUGACAUUACCAAGCUUCUAGUUAAAAAGGGAAGCAACGUCAACCUUCAAAAUAAAGGAGGAAGAACCCCUCUCUUUCUUGGUGUAAAGAACAAACAAAAGCAGUUCAUCAAAUUCUUGAUUGAAAACGAGGCUGAUGUAACUAUUGGAUACAAGGAAAACUCUACCGACAGAAUUUACCUAGUUCGAGGGAAAGACAGAGGUAGAGCAGUGUGGCACUAUGUCCUGGUGAAGAAACAUUUGUUGGGUUUAUUUCUGAAGCGAACGAAUGGAGGCAGUCUUGACGUGGCAGAUUUUGGAGAUGUUCUUAAGAGUGGUCGGGGAAAGGAUCCUCCAGAAGGCACAAUUGACAAGAUACUUGAGGAGGGUGACUUUAAAGAAAUACCUGGUGAGACCGUUCUUCACACUGCAAGCAAAAAAAACAACAAACCCGAGAUAGUCGAUCUUUUGGUUAAGUCCGGGGCGAAUGUCAACGCCCAGGACGCUGAAGGGUUCACUCCCCUGCACAUGGCAGCGAUCCAUGGUAAUCUGAAAAUCGUGAAAACACUUUUUGAUCUCGACGCUGACGUUAAUAUCGUAACAACCGAUGGAAAGAAUGCUGCUGAGUUAGCUCACUUGAAUGAAGAAUUGGAGAUUGAGGAGUAUCUCGAGUCGAAGAUGACUUCUUCGCAAAGAACCAAAGAAAAAAAGGAUGACUCCGAACUUGCAGACUUACUCAUUGAAGCUUACGGUUUCCCGGCUACAUACUAUUUACCAGAAUCCUUCAGGGAACUGAACCUUUAA